AUGAAAGAAGUUAGACGAUUGUAUGAGAACGAGACAGUAGUAUUGUCAAAUGAACAGCUUACCAGGACGGAGAGUUCCAACAUUACAGAGCCUGACUCUGACACUGUAGCCGAUGAUCCUACAUUAAGAUCUGCUUUUCAGAUUGAGUUCCAAACUGGGCAAUGCCGAGAUUACUGGACCUCUGGCGCUGCUUACAGCGUUAUAUUUCACACCUCUGGACACAACACCAUGAAGGGCCAAAAAGAAGCAGAUGAUCGUGAUGUUGUUGCUUUAUUGGCGUUCAAGUCCAUAAUUCAGCAUGACCCUUAUGGGAUCAUGAACUCGUGGAAUGAUUCUCAUGACUUGUGUAGAUGGGAGGGUAUACAAUGUGGUCGCAAGCACAAAAGAGUAACCAGCAUAAAUCUGAAAGACAAAGGCUUAGUGGGCUUCUUGUCACCUUUUCUGGGCAAUCUAAGCUUUCUUCGUGCAUUAAAUUUAACCAACAACACCUUUCAAGGUGAAAUUCCUGCCCAAUUCGGCCAGCUAUUCAGACUUCAGAUUCUGUCUUUGUCAUGGAACUCAAUAGAGGGUGAAAUUCCGGCAAAUCUAUCCCGGUGCUCCAGUCUUGUGCAACUUUCUCUGAGCUAUAACAAGCUAGUUGGGAGAUUACCGCCGGCAUUUGGUUUUUUGCGUAAUCUUGAAACUCUUGCCAUUCUCACGAACGACCUAACAGGAGCUAUCCCUUCUUCCCUUGGAAAUCUUACUUCCCUGACUUCACUUGCUGUAGUAGAUAAUCAUUUGGUGGGGAAUAUUCCCGAAACCUUAGGACAGUUGAGAAAUUUAAGGGUUUUUGGAUUUGGUGGGAACGAAUUAUAUGGAACUAUCCCACCUUCGAUUUAUAAUCUUUCCCAACUUAAGACCUUGUCCGUGCCUGCUAAUCAACUGCAUGGAAGUCUUCCUUCAGCAUUAGGCCUCAUGCGUCCUCAUCUUCGGUAUCUCUUGUUGGCUGAUAACCAAUUCACAGGAAUGCUUCCAGUCUCAAUAACAAAUGCCUCUGAUCUAACCACGAUUGACAUUGGACACAACAGAUUCAAAGGCAAAAUAGCUGUUGAUUUUGGAGGGCUGCCCAAUCUCGUUGUCCUAUUUGCGCCAGGUAAUAAUUUUGGGAGUGGGGAACUGGAUGAAAUGCAUUUUCUGAGUACCAUGACAAACUGUAGCAAUUUGGUUGGUGUGGACUUGGGGUCCAACCAAUUAAAAGGGGUGUUGCCCAGCAACAUUGGUAACCUGUCUCAAUUCUUCCGUAUGUUGUCACUGGGUGAUAAUCAUAUAUAUGGAGGGAUACCUUCAGUACUAGGUAAUCUCGUCAGCCUAGAUAAUUUAAUUCUAGAAGGUAAUCAGCUCACGGGCAGCAUCCCAAGUACGAUUGGUAAUCUUCAAAAGCUUCAGAUGCUAGCCCUUGAUUCCAAUAAAUUGUCAGGAAAAAUUCCAGACUCUUUAGGAAACCUCUCAUUGAUGAACAAGCUAUAUCUGGGCGGUAACAUGUUGGACGGAACCAUACCACCAUCUCUGGGUAACUGCCAAGGUUUGUUGUUCUUAGAACUUUCUCAAAACAAUCUUAGUGGUUUCAUACCGAAAGAAAUCUUUGGGAUUUCUUCUCUAUCAAUUUAUUUAGGCCUUUCUAACAAUCAUUUAUCUGGAACCUUACCAUUAGAGGUUGGCAACUUGGAAAAUCUAGCUGAAUUCGAUGCCUCUGAAAAUCAACUGUCAGGUGAACUUCCUGAAACCUUGGGCAGUUGUAGUAGCCUCGAAAGCCUUUCCCUUGCAGGUAACUUGUUCGAGGGUUCUAUCCCAAAAUUCUUAAGUUCUAUGAGAGCUAUUCAAAUUCUUGACCUUUCUCGUAACAAUUUCUCUGGGCAAAUCCCCCACUUUUUGGAAGAACUUGCAAUAAAGACCUUGAAUUUGUCCUACAAUGAUUUUGUGGGUAAGGUACCAAAAAAAGGUGUUUUUGCAAAUGCUAGUGCUAUAUCAGUCGUUGGGAACAGAAGACUUUGUGGAGGCAUUUUCCAACUACAGCUACCAAAGUGCCGCAUCCUGAGAGACUCAAAGAAACAUAAGAAGCCUCUCAGAGUCAUCAUACCCAUAAUAAUUCCAACCAGCAUUGUUUUCCUUGGAGUAAUCCUGAUCUCAAUUUUCCGACAGCGCUCGUUGAAAAAGAGAAGCUAUGAAACAUGCUUAUCGGGUGGAUUAUUCCUGAAACUCAACUACAAACAACUCUUACAAGCAACCAAUGGUUUCUCUGCAGAGAAUCUAGUUGGAGUUGGGAGUUUUGGCUCAGUGUAUAAAGGCAACCUGAAUGAAGAAAGAAACUUAACUGUGGCAGUUAAAGUAUUUAAUCUUCUCCACCACGGAGCCUUCAAGAGCUUUUGUGCUGAGUGUGAAGUAUUGAGAAACAUUCAGCAUCGAAACCUUGUAAAGAUCAUAACUUCAUGCUCGAGCCUAGAUUUCCAGGGGAAUGAAUUUAAGGCUUUAGUCUACGAAUUCAUGCCCAAUGGCAGUCUAGAUAACUGGUUGCAUUCGUGGGAAGAAGAUCAGCAGAACAAAUCUGGUAGACCAAACCUUCUUCAAAGAAUUAAUGUUGCUAUUGAUGUGGCUUGUGCCCUUGAUUACCUACAUCACCAUUGCCACGCAGAGAUUGUUCACUGCGAUCUCAAACCAAGCAAUAUUCUCCUUGACAAUGAUCUCACAGCUCAUGUUGGAGAUUUUGGGCUAGCCAAAUUUCUUCAAUCACCUCUUAAUUUACAGGAGAGCAGCAGCGCUGGAAUUAGAGGAACCAUAGGAUAUGUGGCUCCAGAGUAUGGCUUAGGUGCUGAGGUAUCAACUUAUGGAGAUGUCUACAGCUUUGGGAUUCUACUGCUGGAGAUGGUGACAGGGAAGAGACCUACGCAUGCUUUGUUCAGCGAAGGCCUUGAUCUUCACAAGUUUGUUGAAAUGGCAGUCCCAGACCGCGUGAUGGACAUCGUGGAUCCCGUACUCGUUAUCUUUGCAGGUGACAGCAAAUGCAGUCAACUGGAGGACUGUUCGAUUUCAUUGCUUAAAGUUGGCUUGGCUUGCUCCACGGACUUGCCGCAAGACAGAAUGAACAUGGCUGAAGUUUUUUCUUCUUUGAAAUCCAUCAAGGAUACUUUUAGCAUGGCAGGACUCUGAAACAGCUGCU